UCGAGAGAUAACCAUCGGAUCAGAGCCACAACUUCACAAAAGAAGAACAGCUACAGGAGAGAGUCGUUGGAAAAGUGGAUGGAAUUAUACAACAAUCUGAUCUGGAAGAGAAGGUACCCUGUUAUUGUCGUUGUUCCUGGAGUAUUUUCUUCAUCACUCAGAAAAAAUGGCUUCUCAAUCUGGAAAGGAUCUCUCCUGUCCCGUCUGCCAUCACAUCUUUAAAGAUCCUGUUGUCCUGUCAUGCAGCCACAGCUUCUGUAGAGACUGUCUGAGGAGAUGGUGGAGAAAGAAACAAACAUGUGAGUGUCCAAUUUGUAAGGAAAGAUCUCUACUAAAAGAACCACCUGUUAGUUUGGUGUUGAAGAACCUGUGUGAGACUUUCUUACUGGAGAGAGAUCAGAGACUUUUAACAGGGUCUGAGUCUCUCUGCAGUUUGCACUCUGAGAGACUCAAACUCUUCUGUCUGGACCAUCAGCAGCCAGUUUGUGUCGUCUGCAGAGAUUCAGAAACACACAACGACCACAGAUUCAGACCCAUCCAUGAAGCUGCACAGGAAUGCAAAGACAAGCUUCAGAAAACCCUGAAGCUCUUCCACGAAAAACAGAAGCUGUUUGAACAAGUUAAAGGAAACUUUGAUGAAACAGCAGAACACAUUAAGGUCCAGGCCCAACACACAGAGAGGCAGAUUAAGGAGCAGUUUAAGAAGCUUCACCAGUUUCUAGAGGAGGAAGAGGAGGCCAGGAUCACUGCUCUGAGGGAGGAAGAGGAGCAGAAGAGUCAGAUGAUGAAGGAGAAGAUGGAGGCUCUGAGCAGAGAGAUAGCAGCUCUGUCACACACAGUCAGAGCCACAGAGGACGAGCUGAGAGCUGAAGACGUCUCAUUCCUGAGGAACUACAAGGUUACAGUGGAAAGAGUCCAGCAGCGCCCCCUGCUGGAUGAUCCACAGCUGGUCUCAGGAGCUCUGAUAGAUGUGGCCAAACAUCUGGGCAACCUGACCUUCAACAUCUGGGACAAGAUGAAGGACAUGGUCUCCUGCAGUCCUGUGGUUCUGGAUCCAAACACUGCUGAUCCAGACCUCAUCCUGUCUGAGGAUCUGACCAGCGUGAGACGAGGACAGACACAGAAGCUUCCUGACAAUCCAGAGAGAUUUGAUUUUUGCCCUGCUGUCCUGAGCUCUGAGGGUUUUAUGUCAGGGGCUCACAGCUGGGACGUUGAGGUCGGAGACAAUACAAACUGGAGAGUUGGUGUGGCAACAGAGUCUGUUGAGAGGAAGGAACAACCACAGUCUGGAUUAUGGAGAAUAACGUUCUAUCAAAACGAAUACACAGCAUGGUCACCACCAGCUCCAUCCACUGUUCUGUCAGUGAAGAAGAAGCUCCAGAGGAUCAGAGUGAAUCUGGACUGGAACAGAAGAAAACUGUCGUUCUCUGAUCCUGAUACUAAUGCACACAUACACACCUUCACACACACUUUCACUGAGAGACUGUUUCCAUACCUCAGCAAUGGAAAUGCACUCCCACUGAAGAUAUUACCAGCGAAUGACUCUACAGAAAGUAAAGAGUACCGUAUGAGUUGGUGGCCUUUUAGAUAAUCUGUCAACCUCUGUCCUCAAUAAUUGAUCUGUUUUUGAGACUGUCGAGUAGAUUUAUCCUGGAUUUGAGAAAAUUCUGGGAGAGUUCUGUGUUUAACUUUAUGAGGACCUGGACCAAACUCUGCUUUGAGACGACUGGAGAAGAAACAGAACUGAUAAUGAGAGACGGAUCUACUAUGUGGACGAAAAGUUACAGAACACAAUGUAUGACUCCACUAAUGUUCUUAUUGUAUUGUUGUAUUGUAUUGUAAGUUGCAAAUUAUGUUAUAAUUAUGGGCGUAUGUAUGGUUGAUCAGUUUGAAGUUUGAUUGUUAAAUUUUUACUGUUUAUGACAAAUAAAUACAGA